CGAAGUCAGUGCUCAUUUAUCCGACCAACACAACAGUGUCGUACCUUGUACCACGCCUUUCCCGACCACAAGUUCCCUUAUUCAACUGCCUGUCCGCUUGUUCUCUCUGUGAUCAGCGUGGUAUCAUCCACCGGAGCAAUCUUGUCUACCUGCGCCUCUUCAGAAAGCGCUGGCUCCACCACACAUCUCAGCGUCGUUUUCUUUUCGUCUCCACAUAUGGUCACGUUCGUUUCGAAGAGCCCUUCAUGGAUAUCCCCUGCCAAUCCCCACCGCCGCACCCUGGCAUUUAGCCUUUGGACCUUUAGUACCAACAUGGCCGUGACGAUAAGCAUACUAAUGGCGAGAGAUACGGCUAUAGUAACGGGGCCACGAUCAGGACGAGGUGUUGCUGGUAGACGAAAGGCGCCUCGCGCGACAGCCUUAGUGACCAUCACAAUGGAGGAAAUGCUCUGAGAGGAUGCUAUGCUCAUGUCGUAGUAGACUAGCCUGCUCAAGCUGCUUUCCAAACACGCUCCUAGAUGCCCGUUUUUCGUUUACAAUGUAUACAACUGCGCAGUGUGCACCUGGAUGCCAAGCAUAAUGUGGCCCAAUCCCCUUGAUUGUAAUACAAUUCAGACGAUUUCUGUUUGCUAUCGCAUUCGAUAAGGGAAAAUCUUCACCGCAGCAUACGCUAGCUCUAAUGGGAUUUUGACGGCAUGGUGUUGUGA